UACCUCAAAAUCUAUCAAAACCGCGAUUUGCUCGUCUGUGCUCCUCUCUUUCUAGGGCUGGGAUUCUGCUCACUGUUUGUUGUGCCGCUUGCCGCGUGUUCUGCUCACAUUAUGCAAAUCGUUGUUCAUUAUGUCGCGACGUGUCUUUUCUCGCAGGCUAUUGGAUGGUAUUUUCGAUCAGUGCUCUUUCUUUGUAUGUUUGUUCAGACUAGACAUAAGAGUAAGAAAUACUGUACGCAAUACCCGACCUUUAUGUUCAUUUACAUGCUAAGACCGGAGAUCCAUUCACUUGGGACUAGAUUUAUAGUUGCGAGUUCAGUUAGUUGACCGCAUUUCAGUCCCGAGUUGUGAUGGCCCUUGGUAAAGGGCGAAUUAUGUUUAGUAAUCGUCUAUGCCAGGUAGAAGAACUCGUAUUUCCUUUAGCUCUUUGAUAAAUCUGCUAAAAUAUUAUUUCUGUACAUGAAACAUCUCUAUUACUCCAUCAAACUGAAAAUCCUUUUGCUAUUACUUCCUCAGUUAGUGGAACCUGCCUCCCCUAUUGGGCGAUCUGAUUUUAAUGACAACACGGCGGAAGCGGACGACGAUAUCGAGGUGUUAGAAGGCCCUGAGGUUGAAAUAGGUUCAUACGAAGCCAGCGACGACGAAAAGUUGGACGACAUGGAUGAUUCUAGCGAUGUCAACGAUUCCGCACAGAUUCCUGAUCCAUUACAGUUCAGUCUUUUCAACGAAGGAAGUGAUAUCUUCGAAGUUGAGAAAAUAAUUGCUGGACCCCUUCGGAGGAGGGAGCACCUCGGUAAAGUAUGCUACAAAGUGAGAUGGAAAGGCUAUGGACCUGAGGCAGACACAUGGCAACCCAAAGCAGACCUGGUGUAUGUUCAGGACAUGAUCGAGGAAUACAGGAAGGAGAAAAGCCAACAGUCAAAGCUUAAGAAGAGAAAGACUUCACCUGCCACCAAUUCUAAGGAGAAUGGGUUAGAGGUAGAAGCUAAGAGGAUGAACAUGGCAUCUAAACUUCCAAGUCAGGAUUCUGAUGAUUCGGACAGUGAGAGAUCAUGGCACCCAGACUAUGGAUACAUGAAGGAUACAUUCUGGAAGGAUUUGGAGUUGGGCCGUCACACAAACAACACAGAAUUUUUUGAAGGUGACAUGUACUCUAAAGUGAAAGGUUCGCGACGAGCCGCUCAUGCUGAAGCUGUAGCAAACAUCCAAAAGCAGCAGCAGCAGCAGCAGCAGCAAGCCCAGGCCAAAACCAGUACCCCCACAAGUCGUCCAAAAAUAUCCGCAUCAAAGUCGUCGGGAAAAACACACGUACAGCGUGGAAUGUCCAAGUCUCCCAGAUAUUCAUCAUCAUCGUCUUCCAAAUCCCCUUCACUUUCUCCCAAAGCUGGGAAGGCCACAGCGCCAAAAAGCAGGAAACGUUCCAGUAAUCCUUUUAGUGCCCGUGGCUAUAUGUCUUCUAAACGAAGUCGGCGGUCCAAGGAAGUUAAGGGUUCCCCUGGUAGUACUUCAGAAGGGAAACGAUCUAGUGUUACCUCAGAGACUGUGGGCAUUGUGACAAUGUCUGAUGCUGGGCGAGAUGUGCUAAAAAUGAACACAAGCAGUGAAGAUUCUUCUGACUUGGCCCAAGUUGAGGACGACGUAAAUGAAGUUUUCAGAAAGCCAGAGGGUGUGAAGACAACAGUGUCAUCAGAGACAAUGCUGGCGACCUCAUCAGAAACCACAUCAGCUGUUGCGAUUGGUAAUUUGGAAUUGGAAGAGGAUGUAAUCAAACCUGAGGCCCUGUUCAGUCUUGAAACAGAUAAUGUUUUCCAGCCUCCUGUUUCUAAUAGUGAGGAUAGAACUGAGAUUGCCUGUCGGAGCCGAGAUACUUCCCAAGCUUCAAGAAGUUUAACAGUUGGGGCGUCUUCAGGCCAGUCUUUCAACAGUAGUAUCCCUGACUCGACAUCGGAUAAUAACAGUGAUAUUCAGAAGUCCACUCUCAAUGCCCGGGCUGAGACAAGUGCCUCUGUUGAGAGCACCCAUAAGGACGUUUGUUUGUGGGGUGGUGCAUGCAACAGGUCGGACUGUAGAGCCAACCGAAGAUGGAAUAAUAAAAAUGGUUCAGGCGAUGAGGACAAAGAUAAGAACAAUGAGAAUACUUCCAGCCCAAUUGCUCACCCCAGUUCUUCUCAGCCAUCCACGACAUCGUCUGGAGAAUCAGCUUCAUCGUCCCACUCCUCCUCAUCCUUGGAGACUGAGUCUCCACAAAAGCCUCGCCACAGAGAGUCAGGUUCCUCGAUUACAAGCUCGCCUCAAUUUUCACCUUCCCCGGUAAAGAGGUCUAGUUCAUCGUGUACAUCGGCCGACUCUCCCUCCUAUCGUGUGGUUGGAGAACAGCAACAGAGCCUUCUCUCCUCAAGGUCCUACAGCUCAGACUCCAGCUUCGACGAAAGUGUAGGCCCCGCUCUGAGCCGGGAUGUUGUAAGUAAUUCAUUUGGUCGCAUGGACGCUCUUGCUGAGCGAAUGCACAUGGACACUCUGGCCAGUUCCUCUCUCACAAGGGGUUCUUCCCUUUCAAAUGUGAAUAGCAGUGUGGCUACCUCUGAAAGGAGUAGUGCGUCACAUGGAAGUGCUGGGACGAGGCGAGCAGCUGAUACUGGUGAACGCCCUGGAUUAUUUAGCAAUUCUUUCAGCUUUCUUACUCGGGGCCAUAGUACCGGUCUGGAUACUGAACUACUUACUUCCUCGGAUAUUCUUUCUCAUCACAGCUCACCUGGGAAAGAGAAUACAGCGAACAUUGAUAGAAAUCAGUCUUCGUCUAGUAUGUGUGUCCACAGUGCCAGAGUGGAAAGACCAAUGGAAAUUUCUAACAUGGAUACUGUUUCCUCGUCAUCCUCUGUCUUCUCCCAACCACCCCCAGGUAUUGGUAUUAGUCGAGCCCGUGCACAGGAUAGUCAAGAUAGUUGGUCAUCUCGUAAGAGAACUGGAGAUGGAUCACAGCCUUUGGAAAAAAUCCCCUCACCUAAUUCCAGGAGAGGAGCUGACUUAGAUAGGAGGAUCAGCACACUGACCUGCGAUGAACUUGAGGACUUUCCAGAACAGGGUGAUGAUUGUUAUGGUAGUAACAAAGUAACAGGCUUUGUAACAAAUGCCGACCUUCUUCAAGCUGUGAACCUUGGCAAAGCUGAAGUGGUAAAACGAGCUAUUCAACAUUUGGCCAGUGGUCAUAGGCUUGAUUUUGAGCAGCCUGAUAACAACGGUGUGACAUUGCUCAUGAAAGCUGUGCAGAAAGGCAAUUUAGCAGUUGUGGAGAUGUUACUAGAAAAUGGAGCUAAUGUAAAUGCCCAGCAAGUCAGUGGGAUGACUGCCCUAAUGAUGGCAGCAGAACAGAAUGGCGUGUGCUUGGUGACUCUGCUCUUGAAGCAUGGUGCCAACAGCAGCUUGUAUACUGUGGGCUCUGACUGUGCAGAGACGGCCCUCAUGAAGGCUAUUAAACGUCAGCACAGAGAAGUUGUCAACUUAAUGCUGCGAGUUGGUGUGAACAUCUCAGCUCCAUCCUGUAACAGUAUAUCAGCUCUGCAGUUAGCCAUUGAGAGGAGAAACCCACAGAUCGAGGGGCUUGUGCGGGCACACACAGACAGGCUCACGGCUGCGUUUGAGAGCCGAGUGCUGUCCACGUUGGAGGACACAGCCCAGCUGAUGGAGCAGCUGUUUCCCCUCCAGUGCUUCCCACUGCGAGAGGCUCAGGAGUUUGUCGUGAAAUUCAACAGUAAUAUCCAGCCUGUGCCUUCUGGUGAAGGUUUCCUGUUGUUCAUUGCACAUACAAAAAUCAAUGACAAAGGAGUGAGGUGUCGCUUCCAUGGCAGCUGCCCAAUUGCCUCGGUUAGCUUGAAUGGUGUUGUACAGUCUCCCCUGACAAAGGAAGUAAACUUUGUGACUUCAUGUCAUCCCAUUGUGUCUGGCUGUAACACUCUGGUUAUAACAAAGUUACCUGAAUAUACUUCAAAGGCUAAGCUUCUUGUAUGUGCGUACAGAGCAAAGCUGAUAUGUUGAAGUCGGUACCGCUGUCACACCCACAUGCUCCAAGUGAUGACCAGAUCGGAAUUGUAAGUGUGAAAGCGAAAAGAAAAAACACAAACAUCUGUCUCUGCACAAAUACUUUGCUAUUGCUAUUGAUGAAGAGAAUUCGUCUUCUGGGUUGAAUGCGAAAGUGUGAAUGGUGGACUUAUUUCAUACAGAGUGUUGGGUGCUUUGUUGUUGAGCUGAUUUAAAUAUGUUAGAUAAUGUAUACUUAUUUAUAUAGUAUGUAAUAUUGGUGUAGAUCCAUGUGUAACCAAAACUGGAUUAACUUUCACAGUGCUGAAUUGCCUGCUGUCUGCAUCUUUCAUUUGAAGCACUAUACUUAUGUAUGCCUCCAUUUCCUCCAAACACAGCACUCUAUAAAUGCCAGAACAUGGCACACAUACACCAAAAAACAUAAGAUGAGCACCCCACAUAUAUAACAGAACACAGCAUGGGCACACUACAUGUAUAUACCAGAUUGGUAAUGAAAUGGUGUCCAGUACCUAGCUCAAUGUACAUUUCAAGACAGAAGUAAUUUAUAUCUAUACGUAAAUUUAUAUUUUAUAUUUAUUCUCUCUUGUUGAUUGUACAUAUUAUAAUAUUCAUUGGUAUAUUUGUCAAGAUAGCACCUUGCUAAUACUUACUAGACUAGUGGUCUGGUAUGUUAUAUAUGUUAUGUACUUGAAGAUGAUCAUGUGACAUGUGUGUGCAGCUUAAUAGUAGAGCUGAUAUAAUGUACGGUCUGCUUAAAGACAAGGGAGUGAAACUAUAGUGUAUGGCAGUUGGCUGCUGCUACUGCUGCGCUGGUCCCAUCAAUAAUAAUGUUGUUUGUCCCCCUCAUGUUUGGUAUUGUACGUAAGUUAUGAAGCUGUGAGGAGAAAUAUUCUGGGGCACCACUUUCAGUUCACAUCUUUAACAUUAGAAAAUUGUAAGAAGUUUUGAUUUUUUUCCCUCUUGCUAUUGGCAGUCUUUGUCCUUCUCUGUGCAUGUACAACAGGACGUUGAGAAUAUUGCGGAAUGUUAAAGACUGUUGAGUGUAACAAUAAAUUGUAAAGUACAUAUAGCCUACUUUUGAACUGGGACUUGUGCUAUAAUAUAAAUGCAAUCUGUUAUUAUGUGAUGACGUUUUCAUUGCUGGACCUGCAGUACAACCUUUACUAAAUAGCAGGAGUUUUCCCAGAGCACAUUUGACCGGCUAUUCUCUAAACGUUUUGUGUGACUGAAGGUCCCCCCCCCCCCCGGAUAUUUGUACAUAAUGAUUAUUAAUACAUGCUUGAUGGCACGUGUGAGUGAAGCAAGUUUUGUGGUGAUAUAAUGACUGUGGUGAAAUCCAUGUUGAAGGUAGUGGAGAUGGUGCAAGGUUGGAGGGUUAUCCCGGUUGUCUGUACUGUAUUAGAUGCUAGAGUCUGUGAUCUUUCAACUACGUCAGGUGUGGCAGUUUUGUUGCGUAUGCUUUUCGUCUCCUGAGAGAUUGUCAUGAGUCGAAGUUCGGGCAAGCCUGGGGUUGCUUAGGCUCUCCACUCCCCUCUGUCAAUUUAUAAUUAGUUUGUUUGGAUUGGAACACCUACAGAUGGCACAGAUUUAGUAUUUGGUAGUCCAAUAUUUCUUGUCAAAUGUGAACAGGGUUCAAUUCACCAAUUCAUGUUUGAAGCACCUUCAUUUCCCUGUGAAUGAUUUCAAUGCUGAGACUAUUUGUACCUCACUGUUUUGUUGUGCAUCAAAACAGUUUGCUGGUUCACUUUUGCAUACCUCAGAUUUUUUUUAUAUUGUAAUAUAAUGUUUUUUUCCCAGUAAACUUUAUAGACUUGAGCGACCCAGGGAGAGUGUAUGAAAAGUCAGGGGACAAGGUCUGUUGAAUGAGUUUAUUUAUUAGCGCGGGCUUGUUUCCUUCUGAGAGAAUUAGGGGUGGAUCGUCGGCCUUCUUUCGAGCCUCUCAAGUUUGUAAUUUUAGAAAGUAGAACCACUAUUGUUCUGUCUGUCAGAUGGGUUGCUAUUUAGAUGUCUAGUGGAAUUUUGCUAUGUGGGAGGGUUGUGUGUGAAUCUCUUUGGUCCUUGAAAUCUAUUUCUGUUAAAUAAACUGAGCUCUGAUAAGUUGAUUUUGGUUGAAGAACAUGGUGAAUUGUAUCAUGAGGUAAUAAAGAAUGAGUGUUUGAUUCCUCUUUUCCUAAAUCUGUUUGAGCUCAGAGUGAAAUGUUGUCGCUUUGGCUGCAUACAAAAGUUGUGGAAGAGAAGUAGUGACAGAUAUGGUACAGUCCUUAUCGUUUUGUUUGUCAGAUGCAGAAGUGAGUUUCUUGAGGAAGAGUGUAGAUCAUUUUUCUCCACUUUGCAUUUGUGCUGCUUGUGUCGGUAAGCUUUUUGUACAAAGCACACUUUCUUUCUAAAUAUAUCUGGUAAAGGAACAAAGGUUAGUGAACAUCCAUAAUUAUGUGAGCCUAUGAAAAUUUUGAUUGUUUGAGUGAGAUGUGUGUUUAUGUGUGAAUGCAGGGAACUCCCUUAUCUUUUUAGUAUACAUGUUAUUUGUGAUAUUUGAUAACUGACCUCUUGACCUGUGCUGACCAAGUGAACCGUAUUCUUUCUGCUUCUUAUGUGAUGUUGUUGCCCCAUACUACUGCCAUUGUAUGUUUUGUUGUUGGUAGUUUAUUUAUAUGACGGUAGUCCCGAUGCGUGUUGUUACAUGCAGCAUGUGGCUGUGUUGAUGUGAUGUGUUUUUCUGGUGUUGUCAUUAUGGUCCUGACCCUCUACAGCCAGUAAUUGUACAUGUUUUGUUUUGUUGUGUACACUGCCAAACUUUGUGUAUUGCAAGAUGGUUCAUCCCUAGAAAUGGCAUUCUCUGCGAUGAACACUCUGUAGUAAAGAGGACACAAAUCAUCUCUGAUGAACACUCUUUGUUGCAUUUCUCCAAUUUAAAUUAUAUUAAUUUAGUAGACAUCUUUUCUCUUUCUUGAUGUCACCUCCUAAAAGCAGUGUAGUACACCCGCAAUAUUAAGAUCUCGUCACCAAUGUCCUUAGGGUGGGGGGUUGCGACCUAUCUUAGAUAGGGGAGGGAACCAUCUUGUUUUAGUUUUACAGUUUGUGGUAGCAAUCAAGCAGUUGAGUGCAGAUUUUUCUUGAGUCUCAUUUGCUUGAAUGUAGCCUUCUGAGUGGCUGCACGACAAAGGGGUCCCUUUUUGUUUAUUCUUAUAUAUCAAUGUCAAAGGCAUUACUCUAAAUUUGAAGGCAUUUAAAUUUUGCUGUGUUUUUUUGUUUUUUUGUUUUUUCCAUUGCAUUGGGGACAGGUCCAUUUUAGGGGGCCAAAUCAGCUUUCAAAAAAAAUAUUGGAGGAGUAUUGAGUGUAUAUUUUGGUAAAUCCUUGUGGAUGCAACAUAGACGUUGCAGUCUCAGGGUUUAGGGUUGUUUUUUUUCCCAACUAUUUAGGACACUGCUUUUGUGAAAGUGAAUGCAAAUAGUUUUCUUACUAAGAUGUAAGACUUUAAGAUGUUUAAAAAGGUGUCAAAACCAGAUCAGCGGUUGUCUAUAACUAUAAGUAUAUUUAGUGCCAGCAAGGACACAACUGGUUUUGUGUGGGAAGAGAGGAAAAUUUGCUCUUCUCACACAGUGCAAGUCUCGGGGGCUUUCCUUACUCUUUGGUCCUAUGGUGCCCACCAUAGAUCAGUAGAGACUUGGAAAUUUGUCUUGUUUCUUUCGUUUGUUCAUGUUCUGAUUUUCAGCUCUUGAUAACUUUGUAGCACACGAGUUUGCUAUGGUCUUUGCAUUAUUUAAAUUCCUUUACUUUACAGAGUGUUGCUUCAACAUUUUUGGGGGGUAUUAUAGAGCCUUGUGUUUGGUUUUUGAAUUAACCUUUUCUUGGUUAAAGAUGGGGAGUUCUCUUUUAUUCUUUCAACGUUAAGGGAGUUACUUUUAUGGGUUUGUUUUGCACGUGGGUCUAUAUUUUUUUUUCUUUUGAGGCUGAGGUUUUGUGCUUGUAUUUUUAACAUUGUCAUGAAGAAAAUUUUUUGUGGGUGGGCAAAUUCUCUGUUUAGGAAAUGUAUUGGUGGCUGUUAUGGCAAAUGAAAAUGCUGAAUGUUUUAUGUAUAUUGCUGUUGUGGGUAUUUGUUGUGACAAAACAAUGGAUCUUUCAUUUCAUCUUAUUUAUCUCUGAGAUGGUGCAUGUUGGAUAAUGCUUAUUUAGUUGAUCAUACUCCUGUCAUAGCAGAAGAGUCAGAUCGCCGAUGAAUCGAAAGAAUCAUCUUCUGUUAUGACAGUUGUGAGGUUGAGGUACACCAAUUCAAAAGGUCAUUGCUGAACCUUGUUGUACAUAAAAUUAUUAUGUUAGUCUGUACCUUCAUGUCUGUGUGGUAAACAAGAUUGCCCUUCCAGCUGUGGUUUCUGUUGAUCUCGUGUAGCCAUUUUAGACAUGAAUAACAUGGUGUAGGAGUGUAUGCCAUUACAGAGAUGCCAUUUAAUUAUUGAUGUUUGCACGCACUUACAUGUAUUUGUGAACACAUUUUUGGUUUUUGAUUCAUCUUUGUUUUUUCCCCCCCACAACCCCUUCUUGUUUUGCCAUUAAUUUGAUCGAUGUA